GAAAGCCUUCGACAGCGUCGGCGUAGACGGCAUGAUAUCGGCCCUGGAACGUUUCGGCAUUCCUGUGAUGUACAGAGAGCUGCUGCGCAGCAUCAUGAUCGGACGGAACUUUUUCGUCGACGACAUGGGCCGCCAGUCAGCCACUCGCCGCCAGAAUUCUGGGAUCUCCCAGGGGUGCACCCUGAGCCCGCUCCUGUUCAUUGUUGUCAUGAGUGCACUAAUGGAAGACGCAGUGGCGCUCCUGGGACCUUCUGCAGCAAUGGCGCACUGCAGCGGGGAUCUCGCGGACAUUGCUUUUGCCGACGACACGUUGCUCAUCGGUUCCAACGCGGCGCACGUGGAGGAAUUCGCCUCGGCUGUGGCACAGGCUGGACAGGCGUACGGCCUCGAGCUUCACCUGGACAAGCUACAGCUGCUGCAAUGCCGCACAAACCGACCUCUUCACAUAUCCGGACGCGCGCUGGAGACCGAGGAUGCGCUUAUAUACCUUGGCACCAGUCUGACGCCAGACGGCAGAAUGUCUGGGGAACUCACAAGGCGCAUCGGGCUGGCACACGCGGCCUUCCGUGCAGUCCGGCAAGUUUGGAGACAUUCGUCAUUAUCCUUGCAGUGGCGGUUGCGCGUCUUCCACGCGCUCAUCGAGUCGAAGCUGUUAUACAGUUUGGCCGCAGGGUGCUUCACCAAGGCAGAUCUUCGCCGAUUGGACGGUUUCCAGGCGAGAUGCCUGAGGGUUAUCAUGAAGAUUCCCAGUGCGUACAUUUCUCGGAUUUCCAACGCCUCGGUGCUCCAGAAGGCCGGGGCAGAGCCUGCCUCCGCGCAGCUGCGGCGAAGGCAACUGCGCCUCCUCGGGAAGGUCAUCCGGCAGCCGGAGGGGUCUGCAAUGAGAGACGUAUCAUUCUGCCCGGGCAGAUCUCUCCGUCCAGCAACGGACCGCUACAUUCGGGUGCGCGGGAGACCCCGGACAGAGUGGAUCCGGACCGUUCUGCCGGACGGGUUGCGCGUCGCGGGCGGCUUCCAGCAAUUGACAGACGCAGCCAUCGACGAGCAGCACUGGCGCAAGAUCGUCAAGGAGUCUUGA